GGGUGAUGACUUGAGCCAUGGCAGCGUUCUUUGCGCGAGCGAUUGCGCCUUCGUUGGCAUGCGUGGCGAGGCAAAGACACCUCCCAUGCAUGGCACAAAGGAGAUGGUGGUUUGAUGUGGACGCUUCCGUCAAGAAACACGACAAACCCGCGGUCACUGCGAGCAAGUAUCAAUUUGUGAAGAGUCACAUUCCAGUGGUGCUGUUGGAGACGAUCAAGGGAGUUGGUGUUAAAGGGCAGAUUGUCCAUGUGAGACGUGGCUAUGCUCGACAUCGUUUAGUUCCAAAGGGCUUAGCGGCUUUUGGAACAUGGGAAAACAUUGAUGCCUAUGCUGAUCCCCAACUGAUUGAGGAUCCCACACUCAAGGCGCGAGUAGCAACCGAACAAGGUCUGCUACCUUUCGAUUGGGUGGAUGAUGUCCGGCUGCGAUUUCUUCGGCCCGCUCGAGAGGACCACUCAUCUCUGUUGGUGGAGCCUGUAUCUGUUUGGGACAUUUUGGAGGAUCUGUCCACGAAUCAUGAGUUGGAUCUCCUGCCCGGCAACCUGGAUCUUCCUGAUGAUGGCAUCACCGAAGUUGGUGUCCACGAGGUGCCUGUGCGCAUCGCAUUUCGCAACCCUGAGAGCGCGGCAGGCAGGUACAACAUCGUGGUGAACGUGCUAUCGAAGCAGAGCCAGGAUGCAGAGCAGCAACGCGAAGAGAUGAAGAAGGCCAUGGAGCAAGGCAAGAGCUACCGUUUGGUGCAACGUGGCGGGGUUGUGGAGGAUGAUAUUGGUGAUGCAGAAGACGACGAUGAGCUUGAUGAGGGAACCUGAGGAUGCAGCGCGUCAAAAA